CACUCCUUGGGUCGCACCCAGAGUACAUGCGAAAAUUCAGAAUAGAUCCUGUGCACUCUGCACGUAACUCUGCUUUUUAUACACAAAACGCAGCAGCAGACAUAAUUUGCGUUUUUGGGGGCGGGGAGGAGGGAGCGCCCGCGACCACACUGCUCACAAUAAUAAUCGGUUGUAGUCUAUUAGUUAUCUUUAUCCACCGCUCGCUACAGUACCGUAGACUGGAUCUGAACACCAAUGUAAUCCUGAAUCAUGGCUGCAAAAGAGGAUCUCUACAGCAAAAUCAUCCCGCGAAGACUUCGGCCGAAAGUACCUGGCACUGUGAAAUAUGGAUCGAAUUUGGACGUCCUCUUAUCGAUGGGUUUCCCCAAAACCAGGGCAUUGAAGGCACUAGUAUCAACAGGAGGCAGGAGUGUACAGGCAGCAUGUGACUGGCUGUUCUCCCAUGUUGAUGACCCCUUCCUGGAUGACCCGUUGCCCAGAGAGUACGUCCUGUACCUGCGCCCUAGCGGACCCCUGCAGAAUCAGCUCCAUCACUUCUGGCAGCAGUCCCGCAUCACCUGCGGAAAGAACAAGGCCCACAACAUCUUCCCCCACAUCACACUCUGCCAGUUCUUCAUGUGUGCAGACAACAAGGUGGACGCCCUGUUGGAGGCCCUGCAGGCCACGGUGGACCAAUGGAGGGGUCGUUUCCCUAGCCCUCUGCCCCUGGAGCUCUACACCUCCUUCAACUUCAUAGGCCUCUUCGUUGAGGAGCAGAUCGCAGAGGUCCUCAAGCAGUUUGCUGCUGACUUUGCUUCCGAGGCUGCCAGAAAAGCUGAUGUCCAUUUAGAGCCCCAUAAGAAGCAGCUCCAUGUGACUUUAGCCUACCACUUCCCCACCAGUCACCUGACCUCCCUGGAAAAGCUGGCUAAGGGAAUCGAGGUGAAGCUAGGCUGUGAUUGGCUGGCUGUCCUUUUCUCCCGGGACAUACGUUUUGCCAAUCAUGAGACGUUGCGUGUGAUGUAUCCCUACGCCCCUCAGAAUGAGGACGAGCUGGAGCUGGUCCCGGGUGACUUUGUCUUCAUGUCUCCCUUGGAGCAGAACAACACUAGCGAGGGCUGGGUCUACGGGUCCUCCCUGGCCACGGGGCUGUCCCGCCUAUUGCCUGAGAACUACGUCAGCCGGGCAGACGAGUGUGACACCUGGGUCUUCCACGGAUCACACUCCUUCUUCAGUUGCUCCGCCCCCUCGGACAAAGUGAGCAGGGAAAGGAGCCUAUUCGAUGGGCUGCUGGACAGCCGUCUCCUCGACAACACAAGCCCUGGGGACACACCUACCUUGAGCCUCAUCUGUCAUCCCAUGCAGGUGCUUCGGGUCAGCAGCAAUCACUCUCGGGUCCCCAAGCGGACCCUGUUUGUCUGCCGGCACGGUGAGCGGAUGGAUGUGGUGUUUGGGAAACACUGGCUUUCACUGUGCUCUGAUUCCAAAGGUAGAUAUGUGCGCACUAACCUGAACAUGCCAGUCAGCCUGCCCAUGUGGAGUGGAGGACACAGAGAUUACAACAUGGACACCCCCAUCACUGUGUUUGGUUCCACACAAGCACGAAUAGUGGGCGAGGCGUUGUUGGAGAGCAACACAGUGAUAGACUUUGUGUACUGUUCGCCCUCUCUGCGCUGUGUCCAGACUGCUCAGAACAUCCUCAAAGGUCUGCAGCAGGAUGGCAAGCUGAAGAUCAGAGUGGAGCCAGGGCUAUUCGAGUGGACCAAGUGGGUCUCUGGGAGCUCUCUUCCUGCCUGGAUCCCUCCCACAGACCUGGCUGCAUCCCACUUCACUGUUGACACAACAUACAGACCUCUCAUACCGAUAAGCAAACUUAGUGUGUCGGAGUCCUAUGACACGUACAUGAGCCGGAGCUACCAAGUGACCAAAGACAUUCUGUUUGACUGCAAAAACAUGGGAAACAACAUACUGAUUGUUGCCCACGCUUCCUCUCUGGAGGCCUGCACCCGACAGCUCCAGGGCCGCAGCCCCCAGACCUCCAAGGACUUCAUCCAAGUAGUCAGGAAGAUCCCCUACCUGGGUUUCUGUUCCUGCGAGGAGCAGGGCGACACAGGGGUCUGGCAGCUGGUGGACCCGCCCAUCCUGCCCCUCACACAUGGACCCAACCACAGCUUCAACUGGAGGGAGACCCUCCUUCAGGAAUGACAUCCGCUUCCCUGGAGAGCAGACUUGCUCAGCCCCAUCCUGAGGCUUAAGUUUCUUAAGAGUCAAUGGGUGAUUGGACCUGGAUGUACUGUACUGUACAUAUGGUCAUUUGACAGUAUUGUUGACAUUUCUAAUUUGACAGUAUUGUUGUUAGUGAGAGCAGAGAGAGAAGAGAGUGAAGUUGGAGAGGGCAGGGCUACUGUAAGUCUCAGGGCCUGGUUGAUUGUGGAGGCUAUCACUCAGCUGGCUACAGCAAGCACAUGGACCAUUACAUAUGACACCGCUGCGAGUCAACAGCGUGCCAGAAGGGAGUCACAAGGUUGAGAACAUUGACCUAAAGAAAUGAGCAGAAUUGUUUGUGUUUGGAAAAGCAAUUGCAUUCCUUGUCCCGCUUGCAGAUUAACUGUUGACGAGGGCAAAUGUUAUCCUCAAAAGCCCUUGACUGUAGCCGCAAGUCAUCUCACAGAUGUUCCCCAGCGUGGAAUCUGUGUGUAUAAAGUUGAUCUCGUUGGGGGAAAAAACCUGCUAAACUUAAUCCAUGCUCUCUUGAAUACUGUACGUAUAACCACUUAUUCAUCCAUUUAAACGGAUUGCAGUGUGGUCAAUAUGAUGUCUUUUAUGACUUUAUGGUCACGUUGUAUGCUGGUUGUAUAAAAACUUUGUGUUAAUGUAAGUAACCAGAAAAAGACAUCUUCGCCUGGUUGUAAUGUGUUAUGUGACAAGAUAACAACCAACAUAUGACAUAUUUACUAUGAAAUCCUGAGCUCGUCAUAAAAAAUACAUCUUCAUGUGGUUGUAACCGAGACUAGUUGGAAAUCUGGUUUUAUGACUUCUUCCCAACCAGAAAACUGGUUUACAACUAGUUUACAACCAGAAAAUGACAUCAUUAAGACAGCAUGUGCCAAAUGUUUUUCACUGGGUGGCUUGUCACCUGGUUUGUUUGAAACAGUCUCAAUGGCACAAAGUGCACUAUUGACAAUCACAGGUGAGCCUUGGUGAGGCUGGUCGAAUAACCAGUAGUUAGGAAAUUGUAUGUGUUUAUUUUACAUAAUGUAAGGUCUUAUGGCAGAAUAGUUGUUGGCCACUGCACUAGAAAACAUCUUUCAGUCUUCCAGUUGUGAAAUAUCAUAUACAAAAGACCUGUCCCAUGGUAGGGAAAUACAUGUUUUUCUCAGGUGUAGAUUUCAUUGUGACCUUAUACAGUAUGUGCAUUUCAUUGGGCCAUGAAAAUUGUUGUAAGCGCCUCUUAAGAUUGAACCUGAUUUCUCUUGAUGUCUCAGUGAUGUCAGAGAGAUGUUCUCUGUUCAUUGAGUCAGCUUUUGUUUAGCCUCAUCUAAAUCUAUCUGAUCUAAUCUUUCUGCAAAUAUUGAUUAUUAAGGAAGCUCUUAAACAAUGCUCUGGUGCUGUUCUUCCAUUGAUACAUGCAAGUACGAUACUUACAAGUACAAUUACAAAUUUGUGAUAAAAGUGUCAGUGAGGAACAAAGCAGGCCUACAUCAGAGGUUAUCCACAUGCACUGUUGAGGAAACCCUGAAAACCUAAAAACUGAGGAGGAAGCCAUCUCUGUCAUUUUGUGUUAAUUUAUUUUCUCCAAUAUUAUAUUUCCAAAUGUAUAUAAACGUUAAUUUAAGAAAUACAUUUUUCACCUCACAUAGUUUAGAGGACUAGUGUGCUAAGAUGUGCAAAAGAUUGAAAUGAAAACAAACUGAUUGAAGGAGGAGAUGAUACAGUAUUCCCUGUAUAUACAGAUAUGAGCAUCUCUGAGGUGUGUUCUUUAUUUUGUUUCAAAUAUUGUCUGGACCCCCCCCCAUAUGAUACUGACAGUAUCACUGUUUCAGAUAUGUAGAAGUUACAUAUCAAAUUAAAGAAAUCAGGUCAUUUUGUUUUGUAUUGUUAUCUUUUUGGGGGGGGAUGGAGAAUUCCUUCAACAGUUUGUUCAAUAUGUAGUAUUAUGGUUUAGCCACUAGGUGUAGGUGUAAGACCUUUGGAGUUGAUUACAUACAGUAUCUAUCUUAGCAGAGGCGUCAUGCCCAUAUGGGCACAGGGGCACGUGCCCCCUCAGAUUUGUCUUUUUUGUUUCAGAUGUUAAAUUAAUUAUUAACCUUAAUUUUUAAGUCCACGUUUUAUCAUAAUUAUUUAUAAAAAUUAUCUGUCAGCUGUAUUUUGUGGAGGGGGCACACUUACUGGACCAGGCAAAGAGUACCCCCACCCACGUAUAAUUGAACAGGUAAAGAGGUAUGCUUAGAUAACCUAUGCAAGAAAAUAGACAUAUUUUUACAUAUAAUUAGGCAUAAUGAUUAUGGAUUUAGAUUGCAUGAAAAAUAUGUUUCAGGUGUUUGCAAAAUUCUCCAUCAUUACGUACUUUGUGCCCCCUUUAAAAUAAUAGGUGCAUGACAUCCCUGCCUGAAGUGAUUUAAAAACAAAGAAAUCCUUAGAAAGGGAUGAUGGAAGUAGACAUAAAUAACAAAGUGAAAGGAAUAAGAUACUGUGAUAUUGUGUAAAAUUAAAAAAUCUAAUCUUUC